UCGUUUAGUUCCUUCGCUGCAGUGUCGGCUACUUCUGUGAUAUUUUCUUUGCCAUGGCGAUUCUGUAAUGCCGAAUUAGCUAAGAAGAAAGGAGAAUCCUUUUGCGAAUCUCCAUGAAGCUCCAUCAUCGUACUUCUUCGGGACUCUUUUCUCUCCAGUCACUGCUCAAAAGCGGCUUCUCUCCAACCUUAAACUCCAUCGAUAGGUUUCUUCGAUAUCUCUACCGUCGCCAGAAGUUUAAUUGCAUUGUUCACUUGUACUCUCAGCUAGAUUCGAGGCAAGUACACAUUAAUCACCGGAUUUACUCAAUCGUUUCAUGGGCAUUCCUCAAUUUGAAUCGGUACGAAGACGCAGAGAAGUUUAUCAACACCCAGAUUUCAAAAGCUUCGAUUUUUCCCAGGACCCAUAUGUUAGAUUCUCUAAUUCAUGGAUUCAGCGUCACGCGUGAUAAUCCUAAUAAGGGCCUCUCGAUUCUCAGAGAUUGUUUACAGAAUCACGGUGCGUUUCCUUCCUCCUUGACGUUCUGUUCACUGAUUUAUCGGUUCGUUUCGAAAGGAGAGAUGGAUAACGCCUUAGAGGUUCUAGAGAUGAUGACGAAUAAGAAAGUUAAUUACCCAUUUGAUAAUUUCGUUUCUAGUGCUGUGAUUUCUGGGUUUUGUAGGAUUGGUAAACCGGAACUUGCGUUGGGUUUUUUCGAGAGUGCUGUAGAUUCAGGAGUUUUAGUGCCGAAUCAUGUAACUUAUACUACGCUUGUGAGUGCUCUUUGUCAAUUGGGUAAGGUUGAUGAAGUGAGGGAUUUAGUUAGGAGAUUGGAAGAUGAAAGAUUUGAAUUUGACUGCGUUUUCUACAGUAACUGGAUUCAUGGGUACUUUAAGGGAGGUGCUUUAAUGGAUGCACUUAUGCUGGACAGGAAAAUGGUGGAGAAGGGAAUAAGUCGAGAUGCUGUUAGCUAUUCAAUACUAAUAGAUGGGUUAUCGAAGGAAGGAAACAUUAAAAAAUCAUUUGGGUUAUUAGGGAAGAUGAUAAAGGAAGGAAUAGAGCCAAAUUUGAUCACUUAUACAGCUAUUAUUAGGGGAAUCUGCAGAAAGGGUAAACUUGAAGAGGCAUUUGCGUUGUUCGAUAGAAUUCUGAAUAUGGGAAUUGAAGUGGAUGAGUUUCUCUAUGUGACUUUGAUCGAUGGAGUUUGUAGGAAAGGAAAUUUGAAUCGAGCUUUCUCUAUGUUGGGAGAUAUGGAGCAGAGAGGGAUUCAACCAAGCAUCCUUACUUAUAACACUGUGAUUAAUGGACUGUGCAGAGCAGGUAGAGUGUCAGAGGCGGAUGAGAUUUCCAAAGGAGUUGUGGGGGAUGUCUUUACUUAUAGUACUUUGUUAAAUAGUUAUAUAAAGGAAGAGAAUACAGAUGCUGUAUUAGAAGUUAGGCGUAGGUUUGAAGAAGCUAAGAUCCCUAUGGACUUGGUUAUGUGCAACAUUCUCCUGAAAGCAUUUCUAUUGGUGGGUGCGUAUAGCGAAGCCGAUGCACUUUAUAGGGCAAUGCCUGACAUGGAUCUGACUCCAGAUACGGUCACAUAUUCUAUGAUGAUUGAGGGGUUCUGCAAAAUAGGUCAGAUCGAAGAGGCACUUGAGAUAUUUAAUGAGCUGCGGAAAAGCUCGGUUUCCUCAGCUGUAUGUUAUAAUUGGAUCAUUGAUGCACUCUGCAAGAAAGGCAUGCUGGAAACAGCCACGGAUGUACUUAUUGAGCUAUGGGAGAAAGGUUUGUGUUUGGACAUCCGUACAUCUCGGAACGUGUUACAUUCAAUCCAUGCUAACAGAGGUGAAAAAGGAAUACUCAGUUUUGUUUAUACACUCGACCAGUUGAAUUCAGAUCGGUGUCGUGGGAUGUUCAAUGAUGCUAUCUUUAUUUUAUGCAAGAGAGGUUAUUUCGAGGCUGCAAUUAAAGUUUAUAUGAUUAUGAGUAGAAAACGCUUAACAAUUACAUAUCCUUCUAUGAUUCUGAAAAUUCUAGUGGACAAUCUCAGAGCAUUGGAUGCUUAUUCACUCGUUGUCAAUGCUGAAGAAACUACUCUGCCUUCAGUUGAUGUGGUUGAUUACACAAUCAUUAUUGAUGGUCUCUGCAAGGAAGGAUUUCUAGUAAAGGCCUUAGAUUUGUGCAGUUUUGCCAAAAGCAGAGGCGUCAUGCUCAAUAUCAUUACAUAUAAUUCCCUCAUAAAUAGACUUUGCCAGCAUGGUUGUCUUGUAGAAGCUCUCCGUCUUUUUGACUCCCUAGAAAAUAUUGGUUUAGACCCGUCUGAGGUCACAUACGGCAUUUUGAUUGAUAAUUUAUGCAAAGAAGGGUUGUUUCUCGAUGCUGAGAAACUAUUGGACAGUAUGGUAUCUAAAGGACUUGUACCGAACAUUCUCAUUUACAAUUCUAUAAUUGACGGUUAUUGCAGACUCGGGCAAACAGAGGAAGCCAUGAGAGUUUUAACUCGGAAAAUGAUGGGAAGGGUUACACCUGACGCAUUCACAGUCAGCUCAAUGAUCAAAGGUUACUGUAAAAAAGGUGACAUGGAAGAAGCUCUCAGAGUGUUUGCUGAGUUCAAGGAUGAAAAUAUCUCAGCCGAUUUCUUAGGUUUCUUGUUUCUGAUUAAAGGUUUCUGCACAAAAGGGCGAAUGGAAGAAGCUAGGGGACUCUUGAGAGAAAUGCUUGUUUCAGAAUCUGCUAUUAAGCUGAUUAACAGAGUUGAUGAAGAAUUGGUUGAAUCUGAAUCGAUCAGAGGCUUCCUGGUCGAGUUGUGCGAGCAAGGAAGGGUCCCUCAGGCUAUCAAAAUCCUAGAAGAGAUAAGUUCAACUAUCUAUCUGUCUGGUAAAAGCCUGGGUUCUAGUCAAAUGUUACAAUUUCUGAAUGGUGUGAACGAACAACAGGUAAAGAAAGAAGACUAUGCUUAUGAUUUCCAUACCCUUCACUCAACCAUUAGAUCACUCUGCUCCAGUGGGAAGCUGAAGCAAGCUAAUGAAUUCGUCAUGUCUGUGCUUUCUUGUAUGCCUAAAUAAGUCAGUAUGUUUGCUUAACUGCUCAAGCCACCAAAAGCCAACCCUACUUACUCUUGAGUGAUUCUAACAGACUAGAGCUGCAAAGCCUGCAAUGGAAUAUGCAAUUAUGUUGAAUUGCCGAUAAGGUUGGACAUUUAAUGGGUUCAUUCAUCGAAAUGGGACAACUGACGGUUGAUUAACAUCUUCCCUGUAAGAUAUACUGGAACCUCUACAGAGAAAUAGAACUUAAAAAUGUGGCACCAUGGAGAGAAUGGGAAAUCCAAGGCAGAGAAGAUGCUUUAUAGUGUUCAUGUGACAAAGAAAUCUAUUUUACAGCCGAGACAGGAACCUGUGGCACCUCAGUGGCUCAGUCAUGAGGGAGAUAUAUUGGAAGAUCCUGCGAAUGAGCCAAAAAGAAAGAUAUGUACAUGAUAAGAGUAGACCCUGGAGAUGCUCCCGAUGAGCCUGAGUACAUCGGGAUAGGGACAUAAUCAGCAAUCCCGGUCUAUUCAAAUUUUAUUUAUGUGCUCUCAUUAAACUUGAGAUCUGUGCUCUGUUGAUCCAUGUAAAGCGAGUGUAGAGAGAGAAAGAGAGAGGUUACAUUGAUAGCAUAGAGCAAUUAAGCAGCACUUAAAAAUAAAUCCUAAAUAAAAAGAGAAACAGAGAAUAAGUAGGUAACUAGAGAGAUUGGUGAAGGCGAAGGCAGUCCUUGUUGUUCUUCAAAGCCAAGACCCUCUGCUUCAGACUCUCCACGAGUAUCGGCAUCUCAGGGGUAUAGUAACCACGAAAGAACGUGGCGCCGUAAGCUCAGGUUGACCUCUGAGAAAACAAUGGCUUGCGUAUUCAAAUUUGUCAGCAUCAGAAACUUUGGUAAAGCCAUAGCAAUAUAAACUUUGAAAAAGGAAAUACCAUGGUAAUUUUUUUUU